UGCGGGAGUUCCGGCGGGAGGCCCGUGCUGACGGCCCGCACCUUCACCAUGGCCUCGGCCGAGCUGGAUUACAGCAUCGAGAUCCCGGAUCAGCCCUGCUGGAGCCAGAGACCCCAGAGACUGCCACCUUCUUCCGAAGUGUUCCAUUCAUUUAUUUAAAAACCGCUGACCACAUCUGGGCGGUGGUGGCUCACGUCUUUGAUCUCAGCACUCAGGAGGCAGAGAGAACCCCAGCCAAGAUGGGAAGGAGGCCAGGAAGCGACUGCCUGUGGUGAUUCUCUUGGGCUGGGGUGGCUGCAGAGACAAGAACCUGGCCAAGUACAGUGCCAUCUACCACAAAAGGGGCUGCAUUGUGAUCCGAUACACGGCCCCCUGGCACAUGGUCUUCUUCUCUGAGUCCUUGGGCAUCCCCUCACUUCGUGUGAUGGCCCAGAAGCUGCUCGAGCUCCUCUUUGACUACGAGAUUGAGCGGGAACCUCUGCUCUUCCAUGUCUUCAGCAACGCUGGGGUCAUGCUCUAUCGUUACGUGCUAGAGCUCCUACAGACCCAUCAGCGCUUCGGCCACCUGCACGUCGUGGGCACCAUCUUUGACAGUGGUCCCGGUGAUAGCAACCUGGUAGGGUCCCUGAGGGCCCUGGCAACCAUCCUGGAGCACCGGCCCGCUGUGCUGCGCCUGUUGCUCGUGGUGGCCUUUGCCCUGGUGGUAGUACUGUUCCACUUCCUGCUGGCUCCGUUCACUGCCCUCUUCCACACCCACUUCUAUGACAGGCUGCAGGACUCGGGCUCCCACUGGCCUGAGCUCUACCUCUACUCCAGAGCUGAUCGGAUGGUCUCAGCCAGGGAUGUGGAGCGCAUGGUAGAGUCACGCCUGGCUCACCAGGUCCUGGUGCGCUCGGUGGACUUUGUGUCGUCUGCACAUGUCAGCCACCUCCGUGACUAUCCCACUUACUAUACAAGUCUGUGUGUUGACUUCAUGCAUAACUGUGUCCAGGGCUGACCAGAAAUAAAAGCCGGGAACAUCCCUUCAACUUA